UAAACAGGGAGGCGGCGCUUGGGUGGCGGGAGGGCUAGCUUGCAGCCCGCGCGCGGCGGGCGAUGCUGGGGGGUAUCUUGGGGGCCCGAGAGCGCGAGGCGGAGGGCGACGCGGCAGGGGCUGUGCCUGCGCCACCUGCCAUCGACUUCCCGGCCGAGGGCUCGGACCCCAAGUAUGAUGAAUCUGAUGUUCCCGCAGAACUCCAGGUGCUGAAAGGACCCCUACAGCAGCCAACCUUCCCUUUUGCAGUUGCAAACCAGCUGUUGCUGGUUUCUCUGCUGGAACACUUGAGCCAUGUGCACGAACCAAACCUGCUUCAUUCAAGACAGGUGUUUAAAUUACUUUGUCAGACCUUUAUCAAAAUGGGGCUGCUGUCAUCCUUCGCGUGUAGUGGUGAGUUUAGCUCCUUGCGGCUACAUCACAGCAGAGCUAUUAUGCACUUAAUGAGGUCAGCUAAGGAGAGAGUUCGUCAGGGUCCUUGUGAGGAUAAUUCUCAUAUCCAGAAGAUCAGAUCAAGGGAAGUAGGCUUUGAAGCACAAACUUCACGUUACUUGAAUGAAUUUGAAGAGCUUGCCAUCUUAGGAAAAGGUGGAUAUGGAAGAGUAUACAAGGUCAGGAAUAAAUUAGAUGGUCAGUACUAUGCAAUUAAAAAAAUCCUGAUUAAGGGUGCAACUAAAACAGAUUGCAUGAAGGUACUACGGGAAGUUAAGGUGCUGGCUGGUCUUCAGCAUCCUAAUAUUGUAGGCUAUCACACUGCCUGGAUAGAACAUGUUCACAUGGCCCAAAGGCAAGCAGAUAGAAUUUCUAUUCAGUUGCCAUCUCUGGAAGUGAUCUCUGACCAGGAGGACCCCAGAGAUCAGUGUGAUGUUAAAAGUGAUGAAAGUAACAGCCCAUCCAUUAUCUUCGCCGAAUUCACCCCAGAAGAAGAAAAAUCCUUGGGAGAAUCUGGCGUUGAAAAUCAGAAUAAUAGAUUGGUGAACUACAGCGCCAGUGUAGUCCCAAGAGAUGCCGGUGAAUUUGAACCGUCCCUUGAACCCCAAGGAAAAGGUGUGGCUGACGAGUCUUCCAGAUCGAUUGUUGGGCAUUGGCUGCCACUUGGGCAUAAUUCAGACCUGGAAGAGAAUUUCGCAUCCACUGAGGAAUCUUCUGAAGAAAACUUAAACUUGUUGGGGCAGACGGAGGUGCAGUACCACCUGAUGCUUCACAUCCAGAUGCAGCUGUGUGAGCUCUCGCUGUGGGACUGGAUCAGAGAGAGGAACCAGCAGGGCCGGGAGAGCAUGGAUGAAUCCGCAUGUCAUCAUAAACAGGAAAAGUCUGAGAAACUGUCACAGACCAGAGGACCCUCAAGAGGCAUGACAACUCAGUGUAAUGUGGUAUCCUGGAUGGAAUCCUGGAACAGAAAAAGGACAUUAGGUCCUUAUGUUAUGGCCAGUGUUGCAACAAAAAUUUUUCAAGAAUUGGUGGAAGGUGUAUUUUACAUACAUAACAUGGGAAUUGUACACAGAGAUCUAAAGCCCAGAAAUAUUUUUCUUCAUGGCCCCAAUCAGCAAGUAAAAAUAGGAGACUUUGGCCUGGCCUGUGCAGACAUCAUCCAGAACACAGACUGGGCCAAUGGAAAUGGAAAGAGGACACCCACACACACCUCCAGAGUGGGCACUUGCCUGUAUGCUUCCCCUGAACAGUUGGAGGGAUCCGAGUAUGAUGCCAAGUCAGAUAUGUAUAGCUUGGGUGUUAUCCUGCUGGAGCUCUUUCAGCCGUUUGGGACAGAAAUGGAGCGAGCACAUGUUUUAAUGGGUUUAAGAACUGGACAGAUCCCCGAGUCCCUCAGUAAAAGGUGUCCCGUCCAAGCCAAGUACAUCCAGCACUUAACCAGAAAGAGCUCAUCCCAGAGGCCGUCUGCUGUUCAGCUGCUGCAGAGUGAACUCUUCCAAAAUUCUGGAAAUGUUAAUCUCACCCUACAGAUGAAGAUACUAGAGCAAGAAAAAGAAAUUGAAGAACUAAAGAAGCAGCUAAGUCUCCUCUCUCAGGACAAAGGGGUUAAGAGGGUGACUUGAAAGAUGGGGGUGUGCCCGUGUAGCCUCAAUAGGCUCUGUAGAUAUGAGAGUGGACUUUUUAAGCUAAAUAGUCAGCUGGAAUGUAAAUUUUCAGUCUUUAUUAGGGUGUGGCUGGUAUAACUCUAAUUGCAUUUAGUGAGCCUGUAUAAGACGUAUUAAAGCGAGGCUGUGAAGGUACCCUUUACGGCUGGCAUUUUGAACCGAAGACUGCUCGAAACGAAGCCUGUUCUGUUCUUGCCUUCCUCCUACCCCACACGCUCCUUUUCCUGGACUUCUCACUUUAAUAUUACCGUCCAUCCAGUCUCUGAAAGUGAAAGUGUAGGCCUCAUCCUCAGCUGUUCUUUCUCUCUUGAACUCUGCCUGUUGACCACCAAGUCCUCCUCUAGGUUCUACUGCAGAAACCUAAGUGUGCUCUGGACCCAUCGCUGCCCAAGCCCAGGCCCGCGCAUGAGCUGCACCGUUCCAAGUGGACAGCUGCUGGCCUUCCUACCCUCCACACUGCGCUGUUCCCACGGGCUCCCUCCUUCCUCACAGACUUGCUUCCCCCCAAGUCUACAUUCCUUGAAGGCAGCGAUAUGAUACGUUCGUAUUUGUACCCCAGUGUGCCUGCCACGUAGCUGGCAAUCGUCACGGUAUAUUGCAUACAGUGUUGCUGGGUUUUAAAUAAAAUGAAAACCACAAAUUAA